AUGUCACAUAUCUCGAAUGCAGAAAUCAGUGUUCGUCAUCUACCUGAUGUUUCCGACACAUCUAUUACUUUCCAAAUGCCUUCCGAUGGCCACUUCGAGGAGAGAUUGAUGGAUGAAGACAGCAAGGCAUUCCUUCUUGGAUUUGAUGAUAGCCUCGAAACUCCCAUCCCACCCACACGGUGUUCCGCCCAAGAUCCUUUGACCCUUGACCAGCUGACGCCACAGCGGAAACUGACCUCCGACAUACAGGACGCUCUGACAUCGACCUUUGCACCCCCAGAUGUCUCGAAUGCUGUAUCGCCGAAACUCCCGACAUCUCCUUUGCGUAUCGGAGGCCGCGCACAUACUAAGGCCCGCCCUACGCGAUCAAAACUUACAAAUAGCCACAUUACCCCCGACGCGUGGAGCACUAGUCGAUUCGGCAACCUGGAACUGGAAGCGGAUAGCUUGCUGCGAAGAAAUAGCGGUGCCGAUUCGAUCCGUGGAGCUCCCACUAGGCCGGGCGAGAGACGACCGGACGAGACGAGAACUGAACCACCGGAAGGCCAUCGAUUGCACAGCGAGGAAAGGGCGUCUGAACUACAAGAUUCUCGCACGGACACAGGGCCCAUCGAGUUUCCAUCCAGCUUUGUAUCCCAUACGCUAUCGAAACCCUCUCCGUCCAAUGGGGAAGUUGCAUGCGACGGUAUUGACACACAAAGCACUGGAGGUAGCAGUAGCAGGCUACUCAACGAGAGAACGUACUUCAAGUCGGUCCCGCAGCCCGAAUUAGCGCCCGUUCCUCACUGUCUGCCGAAGUCACCCGACCGUCCUCGUCCAGGUGUCGGUGCACGCGAUCAGGGACCGCUCACCCUCUCUCAACUGUCACCUCGCAAAGGUUCCGAAGGAGUCCUGUCAACGCAGGCCGUGCCACCAUCGCCUAUGAGGACUUCCAUGAAACGUUCCAUAUCUCCCUCGCUGCAUUCUAUUGAAGCAAGGGACAUGGGAAAACCGGCGGAUAAAAUUUCGAAUGAAAGACGAUCGAAACGUAUCAAGACCCUCCAGCUGUCUCUCGCAAGGAACGUGGUUGAACUCAACGCUUCUUCUCAGCGUCUGACCAGAGCUCCGCCGGCAGCAAGGAAUUUCACUCAGCAGGGGCGCCGGACAUCGCUGAGGAAAGAUCGGAGCGCCUCGACAUCUUCCAGAACUCUGCAUGUUUCCAGCUCCAGCGACGCGAGGCGUUCAAGGGCCGCUGACAAGCGACGCGACGAGAAUUCGUCCACCUCAAGGCCUGGCCCAGCGACCAAAUCGAGCAGACUUUCCGUUGCAUUGCCUCCCGCGAAACUCACCAAGCCGAUCGCUUUCCGCUUCGAAUCGGACGCGCGGAUAGAAGCGCGGAAAUUGGACUUCCAAUCGAGCGUGCCUACAAGACGCUCGGAGCGUCAUCGUGGCCCGUCGAUCCCAGAUUUCAGGUCCCUGCACGCAGCGCAAUCUGAAUUAGCCGCGAUUAGGAAGGAGCAUAUCAAUCCUACUGUCCCAUUACCUCUCGGGCUCAGUACCGAAACGAGAGCCAAGGAACGCGAGAAGUUCGAGGAGAUCAGGAGGGCAAAGGAAAUGGAGAUUGAACGACAGAAAGAAGAACAGCAGAAGCAGAGAGAACUCGAAGAGCAAAUGGAGAUCAAGGAGUUAAGGAGAAGAGCAGUCCCGAAAGCCAACCAGGUCCCAGAAUGGUAUGCUAAUGCACCCAAACGGAAACAAAGGGGCUCAUGA